GCCGCUGGAAAAGUUUGCGCCCUGGCUGGCGGGGACAGAGGCAGAAGAAGCUGGUCUGGGAGACACGCGACAGGAAACCGGCGCCAAGCGCGGCGGCAGGACGAACCGGAGCGAGACUCUCCGGCCCGGGAACGUGCCGCGACUCCCGAGCCCCAGGACUAUCCCGGCGUCCCAGCCCAGCUCGCAUCUGAGCGGAGGAAGGGGUGUCAGGAUGCCGGUGGCCCAAGUGCCCUUCCCAGACGGAGGUUUGUAUUUCUUCCUCCCCUGGCUCCACGCUCAGCUGCUCGCUAGGGGAGUGGCCAUGUGGGCCGUGCGUGGCCUGUGCUGUUCUUCCUUUGGUGGCCAGGUGGUCGGUUUCCGAGAUCUCCGCUGGGCAGACCUGGGGGCCGUCUAGACUCAAUUUCUGGCCCUGGCCCUGCUACCCGGGGAUCCCAUCCAGGAAGUGAGCCUAUUCUCAACACCCUAGCUGGGGUCUGGCUUGGAUCACUAUUGCAGCCUGAGCCGCAGGCUUUCUUUGCCCGGGAAAUGGACGUUCCCAGGGCGCCCUCUGGUGGAUUCUGGAGCUAACCGAUCGUGACUUCCAAGUGAUGGCGACGGUUCUCACGCUGCACCCCAGACCCUACACCUCCAACGAGACGCUGCACAAACAUUACAGCUAUGUAGGCAAGUUGAAGGACAGGCUGAAGGACGCCCCCGAGGGCAGCGCGCUCACCACCAUUGUUUUCUUGAUCAUCUGCAGCUUCAUUGUCUUGGAGAACCUGAUGGUUUUGAUCGCCAUCUGGAAAAACAAUAAAUUUCACAACCGCAUGUACUUUUUCAUUGGCAACCUGGCUCUCUGCGACCUGCUGGCCGGCAUAGCCUACAAGGUCAACAUUCUGAUGUCGGGCAAGAGGACACUGAGCCUGUCUCUGACCGUCUGGUUCCUACGGGAAGGCAGCAUGUUCGUGGCCCUCGGGGCGUCCACCUGUAGCCUACUGGCCAUUGCUAUCGAGCGGCACCUGACCAUGAUCAAAAUGAGACCAUACGAUGCCAACAAGAAGCACCGCGUCUUUCUCCUGAUCGGGAUGUGCUGGCUCAUCGCGUUCUCGCUGGGCGCCUUACCCAUCCUGGGCUGGAACUGCCUGCACGACCUCCCUGACUGUUCCACCAUCCUGCCCCUCUACUCCAAGAAGUACAUCGCGUUCUGCAUCAGCAUCUUCACGGCCAUCCUGGUGACCAUCGUGAUCCUGUACACACGCAUCUACUUCCUGGUGAAGUCCAGCAGCCGCAGGGUGGCCAGCCCUCACAACUCAGAGCGGUCCAUGGCCCUGCUGCGGACUGUGGUGAUCGUGGUGAGCGUCUUCAUCGCCUGCUGGUCCCCACUCUUCAUCCUCUUCCUCGUGGAUGUGGCCUGCAAGGUGAAGGAGUGUGCCAUCCUCUUCAAGGCCCAGUGGUUCAUUGUGCUGGCCGUGCUCAACUCCGCCAUGAACCCCGUCAUCUACACGCUGGCCAGCAAGGAGAUGCGGCGGGCCUUCUUCCGGCUGGUCUGCACCUGCCUGGUCAGGGGCCAGGGUGCCCGCUCCUCACCCAUCCAGCCUGCUCUCGACCCAAGCAGAAGCAAAUCCAGCGGCAGCAAUAACAGCAGCCCCUCCCCAAAGAGCAAGGAAGACCUCCCCCAGAUAACCGCCUCGCCCUGCAUAACAGACAGAAACAAAACCCUGCAGAAUGGGAUCCUCUGCAAGUGAGGGCGCCGGGCUCCAGGAACGUGGGGUCCUCGCAUCUCUGUGGAACGAGCGGCAACUAGCCCUGCAGCCACGUUCUUAUUGAUUGCACGCCUCACCCAUGGGGGCUAUUCCAGAGCUGGGACUCAGGAAACCUAUUCUGCCAACAGCCUGCCUGGUGUGGACGUCUCUUAAGGAGGGAACCCAAGGAAUUGCCAACCCAUUUCAGUGUAGACAGCGUGCCUUGUCCGUUUAGGCUCCAGGGUCUUCCAAAUGUACCAAGCUGUCGAUGUCAUCAGUCGCCUUACCCUGAGUCCCACCGACCACUGUCUGCUGUGCCUAGAGAGGGAAGGUCGUGGACCACACAGUGUACAAUGUGUCUCCCAGAACAUCAGGAUGAUGUUUGGUAACUUUACACUACACUCUGUGCACAGGAUAGAUGCCGUACGUUCGUCAUUUCUGUGUUACAGAGCACUUGCGUUUCAUAUGUCUGCCAUUGGUACACGCAGAAGCUGCAGUACGUGAUACUGUUACGUAACAGGGAGUACAGGUAUAUUCUGACUGAAGCACCAGGUAUGAGGAUAUGGCUGGGAACUAGGUGGACACACUGGUUCCAGUCUCCUCAGACUGACAUGAAGUCUCACGUUAAGCAGGUUUUGAAAGCCCAAAUCCCCCCAAAGGGCUUGUCCGAGGCUGGUCUCAGAUGUGUGGGUCUGACUCCAAACUGUCCUGAGACAUACACUUGACAGCGUCUGGAGUAUCCUGGUGACAAUGAGCAAGUUCUGUGGGCGUACAUCCCCCAAGGGGACCCCUGCUUCUCUUCUGUCAUUUGUCCCUGCAGAGUCUUAAGCACAUCUAAAAGCCACAUUAGCCAAAUUAUGUGAUUGUUUGAGGUUUCUCCAAAUCACAGAAAAGCCAGCCAACGUAUUCCAGGAGCUGUGCCCCAGACCAACCAAGAAAAGAACUCACAAGGGAGAAGCAGAGGACAGACCCCUGGCUCAUUUCACCUUUCCAAUGUAAUGGGGAGUUUCUAUUGAAUUCGGAGAGGUUUACAAGGCAGCACUGUGAUCCUAUGUUGAGUUUGAAUCUGUAUCAGAAAGCACCAAGUCAACAACGCCCUGUGUUGUCACAGCUGAACAGCUGGGGCCGUCAGCAGCCUCAUGGAUUCCUGAAAGCUGACCCUGACCAUGACUAUUAGAGCAGUUUAAUUGUGAUCUGGCAGCUUGUGCUUUCUUCAAAGAAAUAUAGCAAUACUGUAAUCUUCCUUUUCAACACAGGUUGACCCUGUAUCACUGUUUACCUUAAGAAGCAAUUACUUAGAAGGUAUUUUUGUACACAGUCAUCCCCAGUGAUUCUUCAUGCAGUACAAAUGGGUGAAAAAUACACAAAUUUGCAGAGCUGUCAUAAGCAUAUAGUUGAUGUAUUGAGUUCUUUGUUAAAAAAAAAAAAAAAAGCAACCUUUAAAAGGAUUCUUUCUUGGGUAAGUCUCACAUCAGAACCCCCUGAAGUUUUUAGGUUCAGUGGGAAUUUUGCCUGAGUAAAGACUAAAAGAGUAGUCUUAAUACAUGAGUAACUUUUCAAAGAGAAAGGGACUCCUCUUUGUUAUAUGAUGCCAGUUCCUCUUUAUUAAGGAAGAUUUCUGUGGGUCCUGGGUGAUCAUGUACCGACCAACAUCUUUCUUAAUUUUUGGUACUGAUGAGAUAAAUCCUAUUUGUAAGGAGAUGUUCAUCGGUGGCACUUUUGUUGUCCUCAUUACGUCACUGAAAAGGAGCUGAUUCUCUUGUCAAAUAGCAUGAGAAAACCCAGGGCAUUUCUGGAAAAGUUAAGCAUUAAGAUACUGGGAUAAGAAAACAACAACAACAAAAUUGCCUCAGAGAGCCAAAAUAUUGAGUAUUGCAUUUUACCUUAGGUAGUGAAAUGACUUAACAAAUUUAUAUGUUAGUUCUCAGUUGCUUGGGGGCCCCAGAUGUCUGGCACUAAUAUGAAUAACACUAUAACCUCAACUUUUUUUUGAGGUAGUGCAAAACUUUCAAUCAAUCUGAAUGAAAAAUACUCCAAAAAAGUAAUUGUGUUUAUUUGAUAUAUGCAAAAAGUAAUCAAAUUUAGUACCGAUGUGUACAUUCCUAACUAGCUAGCUGGAGAUCAUUUAGAAGUUGAGUGUGUCAAAGCCACAGAGAACCUGUGCAUUAGAUCUCGUUAAAUUAGUAACCUUUACUGCGUCCCAUGUAUGUUUGUUAAAAAAAUAAAUAAAACCGAAAGCCUUUGUAUAAACUCAUUCUUGGGAGUCCAUGUGAGGGGCUGUGUACACUGGGGCUGCCCCUGGUGAUGUGCAAAGUGGCAGUGUGACCUCUCACCUUGUGCCAGUGUUUCUCUAAGAAUUAAAACACUCUGAGAAUUCCAAUAGCAUUUCCCCUAGGCUUCCCACUAGCAGAGCUGGUGUUUUAGGAAACUUCAGCGUAUUGGGUGCUUUUCCACCAAUUUUGGUAGGUCAAUAGGGAAGGAGGUCAAUGGACUACCCUUUUGACAGGGGGAAAAUUGUAAGGGUCAUGGCAGCCAACGUACAGCUGAAAGAGAUAGGACGAUGGGUUCUGUUCCAUUUGGUGUAAUUGAAGCAACAGGAGAGACUAGAUCAGAAUUGACCCUUUCUCUAGCUUUCUCCAGCACAAGUGGUAAGUUUUCGCUUCUCCACCCUGCAUUCUACCUAGAAGGAGACCAGUGUUUGGCAUCACUAGUUGGUAGUGACAUUCUGCCACCUUUGAUACUGCCCAAGGCUGAAUGGACAGAAGUUAACAUAAAUUGCAACAGGAAUGCCUUUGCCAGGCCGCCAUUUUCAUCCCACACCUUUGGUGUCCCUGACGGGGUUCUGCUGUGAUUGUAUUUUAAGAGAUCUCCUGGGGAAUAAUUGAGAAUAUCUGCUUUCUAUGGAAAGGCUUCAAACUCCGCUCCUCUCCUUCAUGAGGCAAUACAAGAUCCACCAACCAAAUGAGAGACUUUUCACGAUAUUCUUUAUUGCCCUCAGACUCACAUUGACAGUUAACAUCGGACUAUUUAGAGAACGGUUGUUUCCACCCUUGACCCAUGUUGCUUCUGCGCUGGUAAAGAGCCUUUCACAGAAAUGUAACAAGGUGUACUCUAUAGAACACUUCUAGUUAAAUUACCAAGUCCAUGAUUUUAAAUGUAUCUACGAGUGCAAAACUUCCACACCCAAAUGUUUUUAGUAUCUAAGUCAAAUAUCAAAGGGUUUGCUACAUAAUCAGAAAUGCACACACCACUAUUCUGAAAAUGAAGGCACAUUUUCCAAUAACCAGUGAUAAGAAGUGCAGCAUUGCCUAAGUGGGUGCGACAGCCUCUGCCCCCGGGCCACAGUGACGGCAUCCAGGGACGACAUGUGGCAUCUCCAGUUGGCUGCCCUAGAAGCUCAGGGAUGUACCCAGCAUGGCAGCAGGGCUCACAACUGGAAGUCACAUCAUUUACUGAAGGAGUGAAGUGGAUUCACUGAAACGUGAGGAGGGAACUUAAGCCAAUUCUCUUUACCCGUUGUGUUAUCAGAUAUCCCAAAUGUUGGCCAAAUAAUUUAGGUUUUAUUAUUUUUCAUAGAACAGAGAUUAGAAAACUUGAAAUUGGUUUUGUAUUUCCACUCCUCAGAGAUGUCCAAAUACCGAUUCUGUUCCAAUAUCAACGUAGAAAGUGGUAAAUUGGCAAUAAACCAGAGACCUUCACAGUCAUUCUUUUUUGUUUCACAAAAGUUAACGGAAAACAAAACACAAAAUUUUCAAAUAUUUAUCAAUAUGUAUAAUUUGCCAUCCAAAUGCUUUUUAAAAAGUAAUAAAUAUCUCAUUAUUACACAUUAGAUGUACACGGAGUUCUCUCCUAAUCCUUGGAUUUAAACAUCAAAUUUUAAUUCUUAUUUAGUUCCGGAUACAAAGAAACAUUCAUGUACUUAACUUUACAAUAUUUAUUCUGGACCAAGUUAUAUUCAAAAGUCAAAUAAACAGAGACCAUUCCACUUGCAACCAACAUACAGUUGUUACAAAAAAGUUAAUUCAGUGUUCAAAAAUGGAUUUGCCCAUUGAUUUCUGCUUUAGUUGUCACUUGAUUUGUGGUUAGAAACUUUGGUUGUGGUAAAAAUGUCCCAGACAAGUGGGAAUUCAUGACCUCAAACACCAGGGCCGCAGUGUGUGUCCCACAUGCAUAUAUUCCUGCCUACAGCAUUUCAAGGUGAAACAACGAAAGAGAAACUUUACAUUGCAUGAGAUUUCCUUUCUGGUGCCUUCUUCAAUGAGAAUGGCUCUUCCAGCCCUCGGGAGGGAGCCCUGUGUGUUUGGGCCCAGGGGAGUCGUUAUUCUGGGCACCUGUGAAUGCAGGAAGGAGGCGAGAACAGGCAGGAGCGGCCUCACCUCCACCUCCACCGUCCCUCCUAACACCGACCAUUUUUCAUGCAUGAGGGGGUCCCGGACUCCUCCUGGGCCAUCCACGCCUUGUCUGCCUGUUCUUACCCUCCCCAUCCCGUCUGCAGCCUAGUUUGCAAAGCCUUCAGACUCGCCAGACCCACCCAGGAGUUCCACCCUCCAGGGUCCUAGUGAAGUUGGCCACACCAGCCAUCAGGCCUGUCACACUCCCACACCCUUUGUGCGUUUAUUUCCAACUGGACUAUAUCCUCAGGGAGACGGAACCUUUGCACACUCACAGGAGCCCAGAACAGUGCCUGCCUCACGUGAACUAACGUAAGAUGAGGCCAGGAGAAAGCUGGUUAGAAAAGCCGAAAAGCAGUGCGGCUGUACCCAGGAAGACCACACUCGGCCCCCAAGCACGCCUGCCUGGACAGCCUCAUCAACACCCACCCCUGCUUGUUUUUACAUGCUACUGGAUGAACAGGGGAUGUAGGUCUGGACUUGCUGCCCCCUCCCUUCUUUUUUCUUUUUCUUCCUCUGUCUUCCCGUCCUCUCCUUUCCUGUCUUCCCUCAUUGACUUCUCUUCCCUUGUGUCCCUUUGUCACUUUCCACAGUGGACCCCCUGUGGCCCUCUUGUCCUGUUCCUGCAGCAUCCAGGACCCUCCUCCCUGUGUCUGCAAAUGCCAGGACAUGUCGGUCCCCAAACUCUCAACAUUUGUAUAACUUUCUAGUUGUCCUUGUUAGUUAAAAUACCAAAACCCAGGGAGGAGUCCCGAGGUGCAAAUUGCCCAGUCAACCUGCAUGUGCACACAUACAGACAGAGAUGCACAUCCGUUGUAAUCAAUGUAGAUAUAUGCAUGUGUAUAUAUGUAUAUACAUACAGACAGAUGCACAUCUGUCAUAAUCAGUAGGUAUAUGUAUGUGUGUGUGUAUAUAUGUAUAUAUACAUACACAAUUGAUAUUCACAAGUCCUGGUAUAAAGUUGCAAUUUUUCUGGCUGC